CUGUGUUCACUGUCUGUCUGUCAGCAUCUGUCCUUUGAUCUAAAAAACACGACUUCAAGCGCUCGGAUGAUUCUUUCACCUCUCAUUUAAUGCCUGAUAUUCAAGCUUGAUCUGCAGUGAGCUGAACCGCGAGAUGACCCACAAACAUUUGCAAUAUUUCACCUUUUGUGUCGUCUGCCAUAUGAUUAUACCAGUUUGCUGGGGAGCCAAUGGAAUAUAUGCUCAAAAACUGCUCAAUGAUUUAUUUAACAACUACACAAGUGCUCUGAGGCCAGUGGAGGAUACAGAAGACAUCCUGAACGUCACGCUUCAGAUCACCCUCUCCCAAAUCAUCGACAUGGACGAGCGUAACCAGAUUCUGACGGCAUAUUUGUGGAUACGGCAGGUGUGGAUCGACAAGUAUCUCACCUGGAAUAAAGAGAACUAUGAUGGACUUGACACCAUCCGAAUUCCUGGUAGUUAUGUUUGGAGACCUGAUAUAGUUCUAUAUAACAGUGCAGAUGAUCACUUUACCAGCACUAUGGACACCAACGUGGUCAUCAGGCAUGAUGGUCAGAUCAUGUGGGACGCCCCAGCCAUCACCAAAAGCUCCUGUAAAGUGGACGUCUCCUUCUUCCCCUUUGAUGCCCAGCAGUGCCGCCUGACCUACGGCUCGUGGACCUACAACGGCAACCAGCUGGACAUUCUGAACGCCAUGGAAAGUGCAGAUCUCGCCGAUUUGGUCGAUAACGUAGAAUGGGAGGUGUUGGGAAUGCCGGCCAAGCGAAACAUCAUUCUGUAUGGAUGCUGUGCCGAUCCGUAUCCUGAUGUGACGUACACCCUGAAGCUGAAGAGAAGAGCGUCGUUUUAUGUGUUCAACCUGCUGAUCCCCUGUGUGAUGAUCUCUUUCUUGGCUCCUCUGGGUUUCUAUCUGCCGGCAGACUCGGGAGAGAAGGUGUCUCUGGGUGUUACGGUGAUGCUGGCGCUCACUGUGUUUCAGCUGCUGGUGGCUGAGAUCAUGCCUCCAUCUGAGAAUGUGCCUCUUAUAGGGAAAUAUUAUAUAGCCACGAUGACCAUGAUCACUGCAUCCACAGCCCUCACCAUCUUCGUUAUGAACAUCCACCACUGUGGCCCAGAUGCCAAACCUGUUCCAGACUGGGCCAAGAAAUUCAUCCUGCAGUAUCUGGCCAGGAUUUGCUUCGUCUACGAAGUGGGUGAAAACUGCAUGACGCCGCAGCCAGAGAAACCAGAUCCUCAACCGCAGAAGCCUCAGGACUGCAACUGCAACAUGAACGGCCAAGCUGGAAAAGACGACUUUGUGUUUAAAUUCGACAGAAAUCAAGAAGCCACAUCUCCGAAGCUGCUUGAGGACAGAGAAGAUAUGUCACAAAUAUUGAGCCCGGCGUGCUCACUAGGAAAACAUCCCACCUGUCGGUAUGGGGUGUGGAAGGAGGGAGUGUUCAUGAGUAUGGAUUGCGGCGAUGGAGCGGCUGAGACUGGAAAACCCAUAGGAAGAGGACAGGAAGGGUGCAGAGAUCAUGACUCUGGGUUUAAAUCACAGUGCAAGUGUGAUCAGCAGCAUCUCCUGAGGAAUAUUGAGUAUGUGGCAAACUGUUACCGUGAUCAGAGAGCUACGGCGAGACGAACAGGAGAGUGGAAGAAAGUCGCCAAAGUUCUGGACCGAUUCUUCAUGUGGCUGUUCUUCAUUAUGGUUUUCUUCAUGAGCCUGCUUAUAAUGGGGAAAGCCAUUUGACAUGGAGGUGACUGAAAGAAGGACAUGACUGAAAUAAUGCAAGUCUAGUAAUAUUUAUUACAGCACUUCAUACACACAAAAUUUAUUCAAUUAAAUUUAUUCAAUUUUUUGUAAGGUAAGUGGUUGCCAACAAUUUAUAUGGGCUGAAUUUAAACAAACAAAUUAAGUUGAACAUUAGUACAUUGAAUUUGUUUGAACUCGGCCCAUUUAAAUUUUUUGCAAUAGAACUUACCUUCAAAAAAUUUCAGUGUAGUAGAUUGUUUGAUUCUUCAAAGUAUUUAAUGAUUGCAAAAGAGUUAGUGGUGAGAACUUCAAAUAAUGAGGCAAAAUCACACAUCAUGAGUAUACUGUUGUCUGAUUCUUAAAAAUAGACUUUAUACAAACAAAAGCAUAUAGUUUAACUAGUGUUUCUCUAUUCUCAAACAAAUGACUCUAAGUGGGUUUUCAUUAGUAAAUAAAAACCAUACAGCUCAAA